AUGGCACUGGUGAUAAUAAGGUCUCGGGUCGUGUUUCUAUUAUUGGCAAUAGGAAUGUCGCCCAGUCCGAAAUCACACUAUAUUCUCCUCUGCAGCUUAUCAUUGAACCCAAGAGAAUUGGAUAACCUUGUUGCCCAGCUUCCUUCUCCUUACAUUUUGUUAGGAGAUUUCAAUGGUCACCAUUCUUUCUGGGGUAGCUCCGAUGAUAAUAGCAGAGGAAAAUUAAUAGCUGACUUCAUUUAUGACAAUGAUCUUUGCAUCUCUAAUGACGAAUCGCCUACGCAUUUCUGCUCAAAAAACAAAUCUUUUUCUCAUCUAGAUCUGACAAUUAGCUCUCCAUCUUUGUUCCAAGAUUUUUCUUGGAGUGUCCACGACGAUCUCUGCCACAGUGAUCAUUAUCCUGUAAUUCUACGAAAUAAUGGUCCUUCACCUGUAGACAGGCCACAAAGAUGGAAACUCUCCAAAGCUAAUUGGCCUCUCUUUGAGGCUCUUUGCAUUUCUUCUUUUCCUCAAGAUGAUCUAGAUGAGGCAGAAGACCAGAUGGAAUUAUUUACCACCAUCUUACAAGAUGUAUCGGGUCAGGCGAUUCGUAAAACCUUGGCAACUCCAAAACGAUUCAAUAAACCAUGGUUUGAAGAACGCAAUCGUGCUCUACGACUCCUUGAACGUUCUCCUACUGAUAACAAUGUAGCCUCUUUUCGCAUUGCACGGGCGAAAGCCAGGCGGGCUAUCCGCCAAGCAAAGAGGUCGUCAUGGCAGGAGUACGUUUCAAGGAUCAACAGUCGUACGUCUUGUAAAUCCGUCUGGGAUAGGAUUCGUAGGAUCAAGGGUAAAGCGGAUACAAUAUCUGUGAACCAUCUACAAAUAGAUGGUUCAACUCUCACCACUCUUCCAGAUAUUGCUAAUUCCUUGGGCCACACCUUUUCGUAUAAUUCUUCCUCUAACUUUUCCUCGGAUGCUUUUCGGAGAGUAAAACUCCCGGAAGAGAGGAAAAAACUUAAUUUACAUCAAAAAACGAGGAAUAUUAUAAUGAUAAAUUUAAGAUCUCGGAAUUAA